AUGCUUGGAGGGAAGAAAAAGCUUCCUGAACAACAAAGCGCUGUCAAUCGGGUAACCAGCUUGCCCUUGCUCAACUCUGCAUUCAACCUGGUCUCAUCUGCCUACAACUAUACCAAGGAGACGCAUCCUUACCUCACUGGUGUCUGCAACAUGGCUGAGACUGUGGCUGCUGUCGCAGUAGGUAGCGUGGUUGGUGGGGCACAGCCCAUCCUGAACCAACUUGAGCCACAAAUUGCACUUGUAAAUGAAUAUGCCUGUAAAGGACUGGAUCAACUGGAGGAGAACUUGCCUUUUCUUCAACAGCCAGCAGAUAAGGUAAUCUCAGACACCAAGCAGCUGGUUUCCACCAAAGUGACAUCUGCUAUGGAUGCUGCCUGUGAGGCAAAAGAAGGUGCAAAGGAUCUUGUGACCAACACAGUGACUGAAGCAAUGGACCUAACCAAAGGAGCUGUUCAGGAUGGUGUUGAGAAGACCAAAUCAGUAGUCACUUCUACAGUCAAUACAGCUCUGGAUGCUGCAGUGAGCCAAGCAGUGGCAGGUGGUGUUGAAUCUGUCCUGGGUAUAUCAGAAGAUCUGGUGGAUCACUACCUCCCAAUGACAGAGGAAGAACUAGGUAAACUGGCCACUGCUGUGGAGGGGUUUGGUAUGGCUUCUGUGGAGGAGCAGAAACAGCAACGGAGUUACUUUGUGCGUCUGGGUUCCCUCUCUAACAAAGUCCGCCACCGAGCUUAUCGGCACUCCCUCAACAAACUGCAGUGCAUUAAGCAAAGCACCCAGGAUAUUCUCUCACGACUACAGCUGGCAAUAAAACUGAUCGAAUCUGUGAAACAAGAGGUUGGCCAGAAGCUUCUAGAUGGGCAGGAGAAGCUCCAUCAGCUGUGGGUGGACUGGAGCCUGACCCAACCCAAAGGAAACCAAGUUAAAACUGCCUCCCAACCAGAGCAGGUAGAGUCACGGACUCUAGCUAUGCUGCAUAUCAUCACCCAGCAGCUACAACCUGUUUAUGAGAAUCUGAAAGCCAGCAUCCAAGGCCUCCCCAGCAACAUCCAAGAAGCAGUGUAUCAGGCCACUCGAAAUAUCCACAAGCUCCAUAGUUCUUUUUCCAGUGCUAUGUCUUUCCAGGAUCUCUCCAGCACCACCCUGACCCAGAGCCAGGACUGUGUGGCAGAAGCCCGAAGGUCCCUAGAUGACCUCUUUGAGUAUGUAACUCAGAACAUCCCUCUAAACUGGCUUGUGGGUCCCUUCAGGGCGAUAGCUAAAGUGUCACAGGAUAGCAGGAAGCAGAAGCAGAAGAAGAAGAAGAAAAGUAUGGUGACUGAUAUAAAAUCCCCUGUAUUGGAGAAGGCUACAUCAUCAAAGGAGGUGGCUAAGAUACCCAAAGAACCAAAGGGAGCAAACAGGAUCCUGGGGGAAGGGUGUAAAGUGCUAGAGAAGCUGGAAGAGAAGGCAGAGAAAGACACGGAGGUGGCACUGGCUGCAAAGGAGAUAAAAACUAAUGCACCAGAGGGAGAUCUCUGAAAAAUUCCAGCUCUUCUGGCCAAGGCUCCCUGGCUAGAACAGCACUUUCUUUUAAUUGUGUGUCCAACUGCCAAUCGUGCCAAGAGUGCCUUCUGCUCUAUCCCUGGCCCAGGCUGAGUUUACAGUAAGAUGUAGUUUGCAAGAAGACUUGAUAACCAAGGUGGGGUGAUUCCAUAUUUUGAUUUACUAUUUCUUUUAAAUCCUGCUGCUGCACUGAAAGGGAAGAUGGGGACCUGUACUUCAGCUUUUUAAGUUGGCCCAGCUGUAUGUGUGAAUGGCUAAUUCUUGGUGAGACAAGCUGUGGGAGAGAAGUGGUCUCAACUUAUUUUUAAUGCUGGAUUUGUUUUUAAUUCAUCCAAGCUGCAGAGAUCUUGAAAGGAUGAUGCACUUGAUCUUUGAUACUAUUUUCCUCCUCCUACAAGUUUAAAAAUAUGUGUUACAGACACAACUUCCUUUCUGCUGUUCAUGCUUCUGGUGAGGCUCAGCCCUGCAGAAGACCAGGAACAGCUGGGGGCAAGAGGCUGCUUCUCAAAAAGAGACUUCUCUUUAUGGAUCAGCCAAACACUUUUUCUUUCACAGAGGAACACUUAACAAGGUGAUAUUUUCUUUUAAGCAUGCCAAUUUGCAGUGGGAUUAUCUUUCCUAGUCAUAUAAACGACUUCAGGGAUCAUCUGUUUGUGUGUGAGUAACUCCAUGCAUGAAACCUUUUGCAGCCAUUAAGAAGCUGGCAAAUGAGGCAGCUUUUGCCAGGAGUUACUCUGCCAUGCUAAUAGGAUAUCCUGUUAUUAAAUUAGGGGAGAUAGGUGUGAGUUAUUUUCCUGGCAAACAAUGCUUUGUAAUCAUUCCUAAUGUAACUUAUGUCCUGGCAUGGUCCCUGUGCUAAGGCUGGAAUAAUGGCAAGCAGACUUCAGAAUAAAGCGUGACCU